UUUUCCUUUUUUUAAAUUCGACAGAGAAACAUCUUUAUUUUUUCCCCGUUUAAAUGGAUAAAUAUUUUGUUUCCACGAUACAUAUUGUAUUAUAUUUAACAUCAAAGGUUAUCGAUUCAAAGUGGUAUUCCACUAUAUAUAUAUACAUAUUGAAUAUAAUAACGCGCGGUAUCGAUGAAUUGAACGCAAACACGAGAGAAAAAAGCAAAUGAUGCAAAACGCGAUCUAUUCCGAGUAUCGUUUCCACUCUCUCUACCCUCUUCUUCCCCUAUCUUCUCGAACGUUUCUAUCGUCUAAAUAAGUAAGCCAAGUAGUUCUUCCUCGGUAAUUCGUGGUAUGAAAAUAGCAUCGAUGCGUUAUGCAUUUAACACCGAUCGAAUAUAAACUGCCACGAGGAUUUAUUUGCGCCAAAUCAAUUGUCCCCUAAUUGAGUUUAAUAAAUCGAGAACGGAUCGUUUGAAUUACGCAAAAGGCUACUCGGAAGAAAAGAGAUGCGAGAAAACACCUGUUUAAACGGACAAUUUCUCUCUCUCUCUCUUUCUCUCGCCAGAAUCGAAAAGUCGGUAAAUGGGUAACCGGAAGUCGAACGGUUUAGAGGCAAUCUCCGUCGAUCUCGUUUCUUCUUUUCCCCUAAAUUCUAUUCCCUCCCCCCUAAAAAAGGAGGGGCGAGAUCAUGGAUGAAACAGAGUGACUUUUCACGAGCGAAUAGAAGGCUAUCGUAACGCGUUCGUUAUUUUUCGUACCAUUCGCAUAGCCAAGUACCAAGGAAUUUUUUUUUUUCUUUCCCCCCUCCCCCCUCCUUUUUUUCUCACCGAAUAAAGAAUACCAUUCACGAGCACGCACCCAGAUAUCUUUGUGCGUCGCUUUUGACGCGAUUACGUCAAAUUAUGCCUUUUGUCGCUUUAUAUAACGGCAUUGAUUAAUUCGAGUCGCGAAAUAAGAUUGCUUUCAUAAAAGGGGGAGGGUGGGGGAGCGUCGACAAAGGGGAAGAGAAGAAAGGAAAGAGGGAUCUCGAUUUGCUCGGGUAUCGAUUCGGGUCGAAUAUCGAUGGAAAAGAGGAUGGAAGUCCCCGGGUGCACAAAAGCACGAAAAACUUUCCGAACUGGGACGCGAUGAUGACGAUGACGACGAUAAUGAUGAAACAACGAAAAUAAAUAUUGUUUGUGUGUGAGAGAGAGAGCAAAAAUCGGUUGAUCUUCUCCGACAGACGAGAAGAAGAGGAAGAAGAAGAAGAAGAAAAGGAGACGACGAAAAUCGAUUGGGCGAACAAACGGAAGGGGAGGAGAGGUUGGGAUCUACUAUCGGAGAGUGCACUAGUGAAACGCGUGCGAAUGUGUCGGAUCGAGAUAACGUGUAUGGAAUAUUACACACGUGACCAUACUUUGAUCAAGCAGAGGUCAAGUGUGAAUUGCCUCAGAUUUAUAAGUUAACUCGGUCGCAUGAGACCGGUCAGUCAGUCAGUCAGUGUUGCAUACUCAAUAUCAGUCGGGAUAUAGCCAUAUAGAUAGAUGUCGACGCAAACGUUGUUACAGCCGCAAAGGCAACAACAAGCGAGGAUUUUGGAUCCUUCGGAUAAGUAUCGGCCGGAGCCCGUUUACGCGGGAAAAUUGAAGAGGGAGUUCAGAGAUUACUCCGAGGAUCGGAACGAUCCGGUGAAGGAGCGCGUCAGAAAGACUUAUCAGAAAAUGCACUCGAAUCAAACUGUCGAGUUCGUGCGAUCACGGAUGAAGGAGUGGUUGCGAUUCGACAAGGUGAAAAUGACGGUGAAGGAGGCUUUGACCAAGUUGAACAAUUUGGUGGACGAGAGCGACCCGGACACCGAUCUGCCGAAUAUCGUGCACGCUUUCCAAACCGCGGAACUGAUCAGGAAAGAGCAUCCGGACUUGGAUUGGUUCCAUUUGACCGGUUUGAUUCACGAUCUGGGCAAGGUGAUGGCGUUUUUCGGGGAGCCACAGUGGGCGGUGGUGGGCGACACGUUCCCCGUGGGAUGCGCCUGGGCCGACUCGAUCGUGUACAGAGACACCAGCUUCGAGGAUAAUCCGGACGGUAAAGAUUCCCGAUACAACACGAAAUACGGCAUGUACGAGCCCAGAUGCGGGAUAGACAAUUUGCUCAUGUCCUGGGGCCACGACGAGUAUUUGUAUCGCGUUCUUGUGCACAACGAUUGCAAACUACCCGACGAGGCUUUGGCAAUGAUUCGUUAUCAUUCGUUCUAUCCAUGGCACGCGGGUGGCGACUACAUGCACUUUUGCACCUCGAAAGAUAUGGAAACGUUAAAAUGGAUCGUCGAGUUUAACAAAUACGAUCUAUACACGAAGAACAACGAGGUGCCCGACAUCGAGAAAUUGUGGCCGUAUUACGAGAAAUUGAUCGACAAAUACAUUCCGGGGGUGUUGGAAUGGUAAAGGAACAGGUACAUGGACAACAUGGAUUGGAUAGAAGAUUGGACAUUUUUGGCGCACGUUCACGCGCCUCAGGCGAACGACGAUCGAUCUAUCGGUUCUCUACGGCUUCCGAUCCGACGACCAUGUUUCUGUCUCUCCGAGAGUAAAAUAAAAAAUGGAUAUAUAUAUA